UACUAAUAUAUUAUUUAAUCUUUUUUCAAUGAUAUGUAUACAUACAUAUAUUAUACGCUAUAGUCGUGUCUAUGAAACGUACAAAACAUUAAACAAUUAUCUCGAUACAUAGUGCGUAAUGUUGUACUAAAUACAAACGCACACAUACAUACAAUAUUAUACGUAAACCAGAUACACACACACGCGCGCGCGAUUUAUCGUUUUCCGCAUUUAAUAAUAUGUAUUUUUAUUGUUGUUGACGUAUAUGAUAUUGAAAUUGAACACGCACACACACGAGCGGGCGGGCGCGCGCGGUCGGUUAGCACUCGGCAACGUUAAUGGCGCACUUGACUUUAGUCGGUUCCAACGGCGUCAAUAAUGUUUUUUGAUGUAAACCGCGGCAAUCGCUGCUCGUUGCACAAGAUUAGAAUUCAAUAAUAUUUUGACCAUAGAUAACUGUCGCAGUGUGCAGUGCACCGGAGUCCGGCGAUCGUCUACACGACUAUCUGACGGACGAACAAUAACAAUACUGACAAUUUUACAUUUACCAACAAUAAUAAAAGUGACAAUUUUUUAAAUUUUAUUUUACGUAUUCCUCCUCCCACUAUUGUCGUCAUUUUUGUGGUAACUGUUUUCAUGGGUGCGUUCCAUUGUAAAUCGUGUCAUAACGGCGAAAAUGUGACAAACAUGUUUGGUCAGCAUGGAGCGGAUGGCAGCGAACGAAGACUGUUCAUAUUUGGCAGGAAUCGUAGCCGUAGUGGUUCGGUUAGACAAACUGAUUCGCUUGUGCUUCAGACGUUGAGCAUCAUCAAAAAUUUGGGACUUAUCGAGAAUGGUACAGAAGCUCCAGAAGCAUUGCGUAAGUUACAUUGGGUUGCUGAUGAUGGCGAUGGUUGGAUUCAAGUGGUAUUGUCUAUGAUUCAUGUCAUUCCCCUUGAUGAUCCACUAAGUCCAGCUCUUAUAACUGUUAUUCUUGACGAUUGCCCUCUACCCGACAAAGAUACUGUAAUGAAAUUAUCACAAAUGUUAGAUUUGUCAAAUAAAACUCCUAAACGUAAAACAGUUGACCAACAUCGUAACAUUUGUGUAAUAUUAGGUAUACUUGCUGACAAGUUACCUGGACCUUUAAGUAUUGCUUUAUUAACUAAAGAUACAUUGACUUAUCUUUUUAAUAACAUGGAUUUACAAGUACAUCCAUCAAUUAUAUUAUUUUCAUUAAUUGCACUUGAAAAAUUUGCACAAAUAAGAGAAAACAGAUUUACAAUUGAAACUUUUAUGAAGACUGGACCUUUGGCUAUGUUGUCAAUAUUUGAAAGGUUGACAGGUUCUGAUCAACCAUUUUACGCUCAAGUUGGGUUUUGUGCUGAAUGGCUACUAGACAAUAUAUUUGUGGAUGAUCAAAGAACAUCAUCAUAUUUAAAUGUUUCUAUGGAAGGUGUGAAUGCCAUUUUAAAUCAAGAAGAUGCUAGCGAGUAUUUAAAACUGGGUCCUUCUGGUUUAGAAGCUAGAUGUGAUGCUUGUAGUUUCGAAAGUGUUCGUUGUACAUUCCAAAUCGACAAAGGCACUUGGUACUAUGAAGUUACAAUAUUAACUUCUGGUGUUAUGCAAAUUGGAUGGUCAACUAGAAAUUCAAAAUUCGUUAAUCAUGAAGGUUAUGGUAUAGGUGAUGAUGAAUAUUCAGUAGCCUACGAUGGUUGCAGACAACUAGUAUGGCAUGGCGCUCGAUGUACAAGUUGUGUAUCUGGAAGGCCAUGGCGAGAAGGUGACACAGUUGGUUGCUUAUUACAAGUUGAAAAACCAUCUCCAACUGCAACAUUCUACCUAAAUGGUCAAAUUGUAGCAUUUAAUGAUAAAAUAUUUCAAUAUGCUAAGUCAGAGUUUUUUGCUGCAGCCAGUUUUAUGACAUUUCAACAAAGUCGUUUUAACUUUGGUAGCAAACCAUUCAAAUAUCCACCUAAAGGAGUAAAGUUCAGUAUCAUGAAUGAUUAUGGAACAUUAGAUGAAAAAGAAAAAACAAUUUUACCAAAGCAAAUGAGACUGGGAUUAUUAGGUUUGUUGGGCAAGCAGACAGCUGAUGAAGAUUCAUGUACAAUUUGUUUUGAUCAUAAAGCUGAUGUUAUGUUAUACCCAUGUAAACAUGAAGGUUAUUGUGAAAACUGUGCACAACAACUAACACUUUGUCCAGUUUGUCGUCAAUUAAUCGACAGGUUUCAGGGAAGUAUUCCUGCAACAGCCACAGCAAUAGCCCUAGUCAGUUAAUUUUGAUGUGAUCUCUUCCAUUUUUUUUACAAAUUAUUAUUUAUGGUUAUGUACAUUUAUACAGGGUGUUACAUUCAUUGUUUUCCUGUUUUAUCAUUUAAUUAACAUAAAAACACGAGAAAACACAGUGGGUAACCCUGUAUACAUUACUUUUAUUCUUUUAUAUUAUAAGUCUAUAAACUUUGUGUAUAUUAAACAGAUAAUGAUAUCUUGUAAAAUUACAUUCUUUCAAACAA